AUUGGCUGUCGCGCGGACUUCCGCCGCGCGGCAAGCAUUACCGCGUUCUGUGUGCAGGAGCCAUUAGUUGGUAUUGCUAUCUACUAAUUCCGUUUCUUCUCGAUUUUGCAGUGCUUGAUCCUUUUUCCGGUCUGGCAAAAUGGGUAUCGAUAUUAACCAUAAACAUGACAGGAAGGUUCGGCGAACGGAGCCCAAGUCUCAGGACGUAUAUUUACGCCUUUUGGUUAAAUUGUAUAGAUUCUUGGCCAGAAGGACGAAUUCUAAGUUCAACAAAAUCAUCUUGAAACGUCUCUUCAUGAGCAAGAUCAAUAAGCCACCAAUCUCUCUUGCACGUAUCGCAAGAUUCAUGAAUAAACCACAUCGUGAGAAUUGUAUUGCAGUAGUUGUCGGCACUAUCACAGAUGACGCCAGGAUCUUUGAGAUUCCAAAACUAACGGUGUGUGCAUUGCGUGUGACCGAGAAAGCCAGGGGUCACAUCCUGAAGGCUGGUGGUGAACUGAUAACAUUCGACCAGCUCGCGUUACGCGCUCCAACCGGCAAGCGCACAGUAUUGCUGCAGGGACCACGUAAAGCACGCGAGGCGCAGAAACACUUCGGACCAGCGCCUGGUGUGCCGCAUUCGCACACGAAGCCAUUGGUUCAGUCGAAGGGUCGUAAAUUCGAGCGGGCGAGAGGCCGCAGGCGUAGCUGUGGUUACAAGAAAUAAGUUUUUUUCACAUAAUCGAGUGGCUGGGAAAUAAAUGUUGGCUUAAUAACAA